GGCGGCGGCAGGGCUGGCGGGCGAGGCGCCCUCGGGGCCGCCUGGAAGAUGCCGGGCUUCGACUACAAGUUCCUGGAGAAGCCCAAGCGGCGGCUGCUGUGCCCGCUGUGCGCCAAGGCCAUGCGGGAGCCGGUGCGCGUCUCGACCUGCGGCCACCGCUUCUGCGACACCUGCCUGCAGGAAUUCCUCAGCGAAGGGGUCUUCAAGUGUCCGGAGGACCAGCUGCCCCUCGACUAUGCAAAGAUCUACCCAGACCCCGAUCUGGAGGCUCAGGUGUUAAACCUGGCCAUUCGAUGCAUACACAGCGAGGAAGGGUGUCGUUGGAGCGGCAUGAUCCGGCACUUGCAGGCGCACCUCGGGACAUGCAGCUACAAUGUGGUUCCCUGCCCCAAUCGCUGUGGCACCAAGCUGAGCCGCCGGGACCUGCCGCCCCACCUGCAGCAUGACUGCCCACAGCGCAACCUCAAGUGCGAAUUCUGCGGCACCGACUUCACCGGGGAAGCCUUCGAGAACCACCAGGGCCUCUGUCCCCAGGAGAGCGUGUACUGCGAGAACAAAUGUGGGGCACGCAUGAUGCGCAGGCUGCUGUCGCAGCACAUGCUCGUGGAGUGCCCCAAGCGUACCCAGCCCUGCAGUUACUGUGCAAAGGACUUCCUGUAUGACACCAUCCAGAAUCACGAGUACCAGUGUCCACGGUACCCUGUCCCAUGCCCCAACCAGUGUGGGGUGGCCAGCAUUGCCAGGGAAGACCUUGGUGGGCACUUGAAAGAAAACUGCACGACGGCCUUGGCACUCUGCCCCUUCAAGGAGGCUGGCUGCAAACACCGGUGCCCAAAGCUGGCCAUGAGUCGCCACCUGGAUGAAAACACCAAGCUGCACCUGGGCCUGAUGGGCAACCUGGUGGCCCGGCAGCGCCAGGAGCUGGCGGAGCUGCGCCGCGAGGUGGAGGAGCUGGCAGUGGGCAGCGACGGCGUGCUGAUCUGGAAGAUCGCCGACUACGGCCGCAAGCUGCAGGAGGCCAAGCAGAGGGCCAACUACGAGUCCUUCAGCCCCCCGUUCUACACCCACCGCUACGGCUACAAGCUGCAGGUCUCGGCCUUCCUGAACGGGAACGGGAGCGGCGAGGGCAGCUUCCUCUCCGUCUACAUCCGGGUGCUUCCGGGCCAGUACGACAACCUCCUGGAGUGGCCCUUCUCCUACCGGGUCACCUUCUCCCUCCUGGACCAAAGCGACCCCUCUCUCUCCAAGCCCCAGCACAUCACGGAGACCUUCCUCCCCGACCCCAACUGGAAGAACUUCCAGAAGCCCGGCCUGGGCCGCGCCUCCCUCGACGAGAGCCUGCUGGGUUUCGGCUACCCCAAAUUCAUCUCCCACGAGGACAUCAAGAAGCGCAACUACGUGAAAGACAAUGCCGUCUUCAUCAAGGCCUCUGUGGAGAUCCCCCAGAAGAUCAUGCCCUGAGCCUUUCCCCCCCUCCCACCUUCCUCCCGGGGGCUGGGUGGGGCCGGUGCCUGCCGUUGCAAAGGCACCCCUCUCUCUGGGUCAGCCGAGGGCUGGAUUAGGGUGUGCAAUGCUACCCUUCCCUCUAAGCAUCUCCCACCUUAGGCCUCAGCUGCAAACGGGUCUCGUUCCGCCCCCUUUCCUCCUGCCGAAGGUGCUAAUUGUUUCGGCCCAGCCUCGUUGGGGACCCCCUCCCCUUUACCGAGAGCAGCUGGGCUGCCUCUGCCCCCCCCCUCCUUCCUGGACCUGGCCUUGAUGCCACAACCCUUGUGAGCUUGCAGGGUUCUGUAGAGCAGGGGUGGCCAACGGUAGCCAAUGGCUGGGGCUGAUGGGAGUUGUAGGCCAAAAACAUCCAGAGAGCUACCUUUGGCCACCCCGCUGUAGAGGGCCGAUCCAGGCUGAUGGUGCUGUGCCUUGACUCCCCCAGCCCCCUUUCUUCCAGCAAGAGGCCAGGAUUCCUGUGUGUAAGGGAGACUCCCCUCCCCACCCCAUAUUCAGGGCCUGACAAUCCCCAAUCCUUGAAGCUGCCUGGCAGUCACUCUGGCAUCACCUCUGCUGCCCGCUCUGCCUCCGGCCCCUGCAGACAAGUCAGCCAGUGCCUCGAGGUCUCUGCAGCCAGGGCUGCCGGCGUCUCCUGGGAUCGAGCAUCGCUUUUGUGCAGUGGGGGCGAGGCCCGCGGUGCCCUUCUCCAAAGAGCCAUAUUUUCUACUCGAAGAGCUCCCCCAUCCUCAGGGUGGAGUGGGGCUGGUCCUUCCCCACUUGCUUCCAGAUAUGUCUGGGGGGAGAAGGGGUGCACUUUCCUUGAUUCGGUUCUGUUCUGAAUCCCGGAGCAGCUCUGACCUUCUCCGCCCCCCACCUCGGUGCGUUCCUUUCUUCCUUUCCCGUCUCUUUUGUGUUUUGUGUGUUUUUUAAAAUAAAAAAUUCCUUGUAUUUA